UGAGCACCGUAAACAUGGUAAUCACACAGCAAGAGCGCUAUAAAACCUGCAGGAUUAGAGAGCCGGACUUUAACAUCACUCACAGCUGUAAUGAACAUAGCCAUAAAGUCAGACGAGCAUUAAUAACUCAAUGACCAGAGUUUUAUGGCUUUAUCUCGUAUAAGUGAUAGUUUGUUCAGCUGUUGAGGACUCACGCGUGCUUUGAGUUCUGUGCGCUUUCUAGAAGAAUUAACUUUAUUGUUCUCAAACCUUUGCAUUAAUUUGUAUCGCGAACUGUGUGAAGUAAGGAUGGCGGUGUCUAAAUCUACAUUAGCGAUCGUUUUCUUAGUUCUGGGAGGUUUGGCAGUUUUGUUCGGGACUGUCGUGGUGUUUGUUGGACCUAUUAUAAUAGACGAUCAAAUAGUAAAGAAUGUAGAGAUAAACCCGAAGAACGAACUCUCCUACACUAUGUGGAAGGACAUCCCGGUUCCCUUUUUUAUGUCUGUAUAUUUCUUUCAUAUUGUCAAUCCUGACGAAAUCCUAAAAGGAGAAAAGCCCAUGGUGAUACAGAGGGGGCCAUAUGUGUACCGUGAAAACCGCUGGAAGGACAACAUCACAUUCCAUGACAACAACACAGUUUCGUAUAAGGAAUUUCGGCAGUAUUUCUUUGAGGAGAGUAUGUCUGUGGGAGAUGAAUCCGAUGUGGUCACCAUCCCUAACAUGCUAGUGCUGGGCGCAUCAGUAAUGAUGGAGAAUAUGCCGUUUCCUAUACGCGUUUUGCUCAGCGCCACAUUCAAGACCUUCAACGAGGGACCUUUCUUGACAAAACCAGUAGGAGAACUCAUGUGGGGCUACGACAGCAAGUUGGUGGACUUCCUGAACAAAUAUCUCCCUGGCAUGCUUCCAUCCAGCGGCAAGUUUGGCUUAUUUGCUGAGUUUAACAACUCAAACACUGGGCAGUUCACCGUCUUCACUGGCCAAGAUGACAUCCGAAAAGUUCAUAAGGUGGACUCUUGGAAUGGCCUAAAAAGUGUGGAUUACUGGAGGUCUGACCAGUGUAACAUGAUCAAUGGUACAGCGGGUCAAAUGUGGCCUCCGUUCAUGACCACAGAGUCGACGCUGCCCUUCUACAGCCCUGAUGCGUGCAGGUCCAUGGAGCUAGUGUACCAAAGGCCAGGAGUGUCUCAGGGGAUUCCAGUUUUCCGCUUCGUGGCCCCAAAGACUCUUUUUGCCAACGGUACAGAUUAUCCUCCCAAUGAGGGCUUCUGUCCCUGUCGGCAGUCCGGCCUUCUCAACGUCAGCACCUGCAGACACAAUUCCCCUGUGUUCAUCUCCCAUCCACACUUUUUUGCGGCUGAUCCCGUCCUUUUGGACACUGUUAACGGAUUGAGCCCAAAUGAAGAUGAACAUGGACUUUUUAUCGACAUCCACCCGGAGACUGGAGUGCCGAUGAACGUUUCCAUACGGUUGCAGCUCAAUCUGCUCAUGAAGAGAGUUUCAGGCAUCACAGAAACAGGAAAGAUAACAGAGGUGGUGAUGCCCAUGAUCUGGUUUGAAGAGAGUGGCUACAUUGACGGUCCCGUUCUCAACACGUUCCGCACUAAUCUGGUGGUGCUGCCCAUGGUCAUGGAGUACAUGCAGUACAUCUUCAUCGGUCUCGGACUCGCAACCAUUCUGGGAGCCGUGAUAUUAUACCUCAGCGACAAGAAAGCCAGGAAAAAGACAACACAUUCUCUCACAGAAGGGGAAAGCGUAAAAGAUACAAAACACGACCCGACCAAUGAGACGCAGGCUGAAAAAUGUAACAUGAACGACACAGGUAAAAAGUAAGAAGUGUGGCCAGCCCUGCACAGAUGUGGAUCCAUCCAGCUCCGCCAGUGAAAAGACCCCAUUACUACAGGCCUCAACGAGCUAGAGCCAAUAUCCACACUGCAGCUUACUUUCAUUAGAAACUCACAAUCCCACAAUCCACUGGCCAGCAAAUAAAAGUUCUUUUAUUAAGCGUUGUGGUUGAAUGGACUGGAUCAAGAACAGACCAUCAAGAACAGACCAUCAGCAACAGGAUUAUGAACACUUUUGAGUGGGGAUGUUUCUUCCUGUGGUUUUUUUGCACUGCAGUUGGGUCUAAAGUGCUCUGUGGGGUUAAUACUACAUUUUCUCGUUCUUUUUAUUUGUAUGAAAAAGUGAGCAGCGUCUGCAAUGUGGUACAGGUAGAUAUUUUUUUGACAUAUUUAAAAUUAAAUAAUUGAUAAAAUAGUAGACAAUGAAUUUUCAAAUGGUGUGUUUACUAAUGGUCAAAACACUCCAAACCUUACUUCCUCAGAGGGAAAAAUAAAGAGAUUUAACCUUUAUCCUGUAAAUAAGGAACUGUUAUGAACACUUUGUAACAAUCACGUGCUGACUGAAAUAUCCUCUGAAAGCAGAAAAAAAUGCUGAGCCAACACAUUUCUCAGUAUGCUGAAUACACUUGUUGCUUGUAUUCUGUCCGUAAAGGCACUUGUAUUUAAUGAUGUAAAAAAUUCUUUAAUAUGUCAUUGUUUGCAUUCUCUUGAUGUUCAGUAUAAAAUGAAAUGGGAUUAUUUGAA